UUUCUUGUUAACAAGAACAGAGAACAGACAGGGCAAGUGUUGAGAACACUACUACUAAAUUUUUUGUUUUUGAAAAAGGGGUGAUGUGGAUAUUUGGAAGAACAGGUGAAUCUGGAUUCUCGGCUCGAUCAACAGCUGAGCAAGUUACUCAUGGACUUGACGGCACUGGUCUUACAGCUAUCGUUACUGGAGCGUCAAGUGGAAUCGGAAUAGAGACUGCACGUGUCCUAGCUUUGCGUGGUGUACAUGUUGUGAUGGCAGUGAGGAAUACCGCUAGUGGUAAAAAAGUGAAGGAUGAAAUACUUAAGGAAAUCCCCAAUGCUAAAAUUGAUGUCAUGGAGUUGGAUCUCAGUUCCUUGGCAUCAGUUAAAAAAUUCGCGUCAGACUAUAAUUCAUCAGCUCUUCCCCUCAAUCUCUUAAUUAAUAAUGCAGGGGUUAUGGCUACUCCCUUUAUGCUUUCCAAAGACAAUAUAGAGCUGCAAUUUGCAACUAACCAUCUAGGUCAUUUUAUGUUGACAAAUCUUUUGUUGGACACUAUGAAAAGCACUGCACGUGAAAGUCAUAAAGAAGGAAGAAUUGUUAAUGUAUCAUCAGAGGCCCACCGGUUUGCAUACAGCGAAGGAAUUCGAUUUGAUAAAAUUAAUGAUCAAUCAAGUUACACUCAAUUUUAUGCUUAUGGACAAUCAAAGCUUGCUAACAUAUUGCAUGCUAACGAGCUUGCAAGGCGCUUGAAGGAGGAAGGUGUAGAGAUAACUGCGAAUUCACUUCAUCCAGGGACCAUUGCUACCAAUCUUACACGCUAUCACGGAUUUGUAGAUGGUAUGGUCAGUUUGUUUGGUAAAUUUGUUCUCAAAACCAUUCCACAGGGAGCAGCCACAACGUGCUAUGUGGCACUGCAUCCCAAGGUGAAAGGAGUUAGCGGAGAAUAUUUUUGUGACAGUAAUAUUGCAAGUCGGAGCACACUGGCUACUGAUGCAGAAUUGGCCAAAAAACUGUGGGACUUCAGUUUGAACUUGACACAACCCAAGUAACUUGGUAUAUUCUAUCUGAAUUUGGAAACCUCAGUGUAAAUUCUUACGCAAGUUAUGUUCAAAUUUGACAACCUCGGUUAUAAUCCUACAAACGACUAAAACUUGAGUUCACCCUUUAUCGAACUACAUUCGAGGUUGCUCUCCUCGAGGCAUCCUGGUACUGUAAUGUUCAAAAGAGGGAAAAACGUUUCGUAGUUGGUUUUGAUGUCAAAAUGAUUUAAAUACAUUUCGGUUGUGGGAUAUUUUCAGCUCUCUAGUAUAUAAAUUUUAUCCGUUUGAUUUA